ACUCUGCAGGCCGGCGGGCAGGCGGCUGCGGCGGCGGCGGCCGAAGAGCAGCGGGAGCCGCGGCGGCCGCGCCAUGUGGCUGCUGGGACCGCUGUGCCUGCUGCUGAGCAGCGCCGGGGAGAGCCAGCUGUUGCCUGGGAAUAACUCCACCAACGAGUGUAACAUUCCAGGAAACUUCAUGUGCAGCAAUGGACAGUGCAUCCCUGGGGCGUGGCAGUGUGAUGGGUUUCCGGACUGCUUUGAUAAGAGUGAUGAGAAGGAAUGCCCCAAGGCCAAGUCCAAGUGUGGGCCGACCUUCUUCCCCUGCUCCAGUGGCAUCCACUGUAUCAUAGGCCGCUUCAGAUGCAAUGGGUUCGAGGACUGUCCAGAUGGCAGCGACGAAGAAAACUGUACCGCAAAUCCCCUACUGUGCGCCACAGCCCGCUUCCAUUGCAAAAACGGCCUGUGCAUCGACCAGAGCUUUUUAUGCGACGGCGAGAACAAUUGUCAAGACAACAGCGACGAGGAGAGCUGCGAGAGCCCACAAGAGGCAGGCAGCGGACAGGUCUAUGUGAGGCCGGAGAACCAGCUACUCUACUACCCCAGCAUCACCUACGCCAUCAUCGGCAGCUCCGUCAUCUUCGUGUUGGUAGUGGCCCUCCUCGCACUCGUGUUGCAUCACCAGCGGAAAAGAAACAACCUGAUGACGCUGCCCGUGCACAGGCUGCAGCAUCCCGUGCUCCUGUCCCGCCUGGUGGUCCUUGACCACCCUCAUCGCUGCAGUGUCACCUACAAUGUCAACAAUGGCAUCCAGUAUGUGUCUAAUCAGGUCUACCCCAAUUCCCUGGACUUGGACUCUCCUCCCUCCUACUCAGAAGCCGUGCUGGACCAAAGCAGACCCCCGUGGUUUGACCUCCCUCCUCCCCCUUAUUCUUCCGAAGCGGACUCCUUAAGUCAGACAGAACUGCCCCCCUACCGCUCUCGAGCUGGGAGCACAACAAGCUGCAGCCCAGCAGACAACGGUGGCCUCCUUAGCAUCUCCAACAGUCAGACCCAGGACGGCAGCAGCUACACCGACCACCCUCAGCCAUCUCUGGAGAGAACACCAGAGCCAAGUGACUCACUGCUCAGCUCAGGCACAAUGGGGGACCUGUAAAAACCAAGUCAUUUUUUUUAAAAGUCCAUAUGGGUUAAUCUACUGUGGCUUGUUACCAUUUUGCUAUCUUUGUGCUUGUGGUUGGUCCUUGAUCUUUAGAUCACGAGGGGAUGGGCCAGGGGGACUUGGAAGGAGGGAGUUGGGGCAUUUUUCCAAGGAUCUCAGUUGAUAAGACCAUUAGGUCACUCUUGCACUAUUUCCUCAGGCUCCCAUGAUCACAAGACUUCCUAUUCAUGAUGCUUCUCUGGCUCUCCCUGUCUCUCUUCUCUGUCUGUGUCUGUGUCUCUCUGUCUCUCUGUGUGUCUCUCUUCUGUCUCUGUCUCUCUCUUUGUCUUUCUCUGUCUCUGUGUCUCUCCCUCUCUCCCUCUCUCCUUCCCUCUCUCUCCAUCUCUCCCUCCUCACCCCCUGUUGUGGUCGUUGGAGUGUCUUGAAUUUGCGGACUGGGGAGAACAGUAUUCAAAAAUCCUUUCAAAGAACAGUCUUUUGGUAUGAUUUUCUGUUUUUCAGAAGUCCAGGAUGGAACAGUGUUCCGUGAUGCUACUUACUACUUGCUGUGUACUUUGGAUUAGAAUAGGGAGUACACAGUGGCCAGGGAGACUGUAAAACUGGCCUGGAAAAUAUCCAUGAUAGACUAGGAAGAAGCAUUUUACUUUGUGUGUCCCACAAAAAGGAAGAAAGAAAGAAAACCUGAUACUUAGUAUUUGUUUUUGUUUUGGGGGGGGGGUUUGUUUGGUUUUGGUGGGGCAAUGAGGGUUAAGUGACUUACCCAGGGUCACACAGCUAUUUAGUGUCAAGUGUCUGAGGUCGGAUUUGAACUCAGGUCCUCCUGAAUCACCAGGGCCAGUGCUUUAUCCACUGUGCCACCUAGCUGCCCUCUGAUACUUAGUAUUUUAAAGGUUUCAAAGUGCUUCAUGUAGAUAAUUUCCUUUGAUCCUCACAACAACCCAAUACUACAAGUAUUAUUGUCCCCAUUAACUGAUGGGAAAACUGAGGCUCAUGGGGGAUGAAGUGACUUGUUUGUAGUCAUAUAGCUAGUGCGCAUCUAGGGUGGGAUUUGAGCCCGAGUCUCCCUGGCCCUAAGAGCACCUCUUAUCCAUUACAUGAAACUGUCUCUAUCACUGUCAGCCCAAGCUUGUGUUUGGAAUCCAUAUGAAUGAUUAAAAAUGUUGAUUUGAAGACUUAUAUGUUGACACCUGACUACAAGAGCCUUAAGAGUGUCUUAGUUUUGAACUCUCUUGAGAGCCAGAGUUAAUAUUAGAAUGUAAGCUCCUUGAGAGCAGGGACUAUUAAGUUUGUUGCCUUCAUAUCCUCCCAACAUAGAACAGUGCCUGGGCCAUAGUUGGCCCCUAAUAAACUGCUUGUUGAUCUGAACUGAACUGCUAAUCCCAGGUAGAUGGGGGCGCUCCCAUCAACACCACAACACUACUUCAUUCCCAGAGACUUUCUGACCCUUCUCAAGCCACCCAGGUACCUCUCUCAACAUUGGAGCAGCAUUUUCCUUUGAAAAGCAGAGGCAGCAGAUUGGGAAAGACUGGAGUCAACAAUGCCCUAUUUGGACUUCUUCCCAACCUAGGCCAGAAAUACAUUUGAAAUGGUGUGUUUGUGUUUUCCCUUCUAGUUAAGGGUCUAUUUAUAUGUGUAUAGGAAAGGUGUACUUUAAAAAAAAAGCAGCCCAAAGAGAGAGAGAUGUGAAAGGAGGCUGUGCCUUUUUCCUCCAUAAACCUUUGGUAACAAGCCACACUUGACUAACCCACGUGCUAGGAGUUUGUGCACUUAAUGCACUUUGGGGGUUAUUAUUUAUCAUAUUCUUGAAGGAAGUAGAAACAGAAAAAAUGUUCCUCUCUCUGAUCCAAGGCACUGUGCUGGUAGACUUUUGACCUUGACUAUGGACUGAGGAGGGAGGCAGGGGGGGCUUAGGAGGAAGAAGGAAGCUGUUCUCCAUGCAGGAACAAUGGGAGAACUGUCUACUAACCUCCUGGGAUAGAGCCCUGUGCAACAUUUUGUCCAGUCACACUAUUGCCUGUUACAACUGGAACCGAGUGACACUGUCUUGGAGAAGCUCUGAGCCAAACCACUCACUCACCCAUGGGCUCCCUUCCUUGGGUAAAGGAAUGGCAAAUGGUGUAUGUGAUCCAAAUGACUUAUUAAAAUGUUAACUACAGUUGAUGAGGGAGGGAUGGGGGCAAAGGGGAAGUUUGCUGACUUGACCUUGUUCUGAAGCAAAUGAUUUUGUGGUACUCAUAAAAGAGCUAGCUAGACACUCUGGAAUUUUUAAUAAAGGACAACUAGCCGUGUGUCUUUCUUUCUGAGAUAGCAUCAUAGUAAUUUUGUCUAUAGCCCAAUGAUUAAAAAAAAAGUUGUGGUUGCAGCAUGAGUUUUGAAGAAACUUUGGUUGGGUACAUCAUCUCCUCUAAGUCAGAUAGAUUGGUUUUAUUUCCUCCCUUUGAUAGUUCAAGGGAACGUCUUCCAUUGCUCUGGAAGUUGGUUAGGGGAGAGGAUUCCAAUUUUAAUUAAUAGGGCAGUGAGUUAAUCUCAUGCUCUCUCCUGCUUCUAGACAUCUUAGGGAAGACAAAUGGUCUUCAUAGAUAAGGAAAAACUAUUAAUGAUGAAAGAACACAGGGACAUUUUUAUUACAGAUUUGAUUUUUUUUAAUGAAUGCUGUAAAAAUAUAAAUAGGGCCCUGGAGCUGCCAUUUUUUCCCCUUAAAAGUCAAACAAGUGGCCAGCAAUCAUUCUUAACGUCUUCCCAUUGGGAAAUGUUUCUUCACACAGUACAAAAGAAGAAGAAGCUGUGAGUGAGAUCAGCUGCCUAGGCCUUUUAUUUCCCAGGACUAACUUUCCCAGGACGCUUCUGCUUCAAAGUCCCUCCUCUCCCUCCCUACCUCAAAGCUGACAUUUUAUACAAAAGAGGAAAAGGAAGGAGUGGGCUGUAAUGGUCUGUGUGUGAUGUUCCAAGCCACUGUAAACUGGAAAGGUCGUGUGGUUUUUGGUGUUGUUGUUUUUUUUUAAUUUUUAUACUCUCGAAUAAACUUGCAGUUUCACUCUU